CCACCGCACCGAUCACACCACCACCGCAGCAAGCAGCAUGGCGAGACGGACAGAGAAAAGCACGACUUACGCAGUCGCGAUCUGUGAGCGAUUUGAGCCGUGCUCGUAGUGCCUUCGCCGCUGUCGCCGCCGCCGGUCCCAAAGGAAAGCGCGAGCGAGCACGAGGGAAAGGGAGAGAAGCCGCGCGGACCAAUGGCACGCGCGGAUAUGCGAGGUCGCUUGAACACCACCCUCCCGCGAUAAAAACGCGGCGCGCGCGACCGGUCGCGCGUAUUCCGAUCUCGUUUGCUCGGCUACUGACAACGUUGCGAUGCCUCCCCAGCCCAGCGGUAAGGCCGUGAAGAAGGCCGGCAAGGCGCAGAAGAACGUGCGCGCCACCGACAAGAAGAAGAAGAAGCGCCGCAGGAAGGAGAGCUUCUCCAUCUAUAUCUACAAGGUGCUGAAGCAGGUGCACCCGGACACUGGAGUCUCCAGCAAGGCCAUGUCUAUCAUGAACAGCUUCGUGAACGACAUCUUCGAGCGCAUCGCCGCGGAGUCGUCCCGUCUGGCUCACUACAACAAGCGCUCGACCAUCACGAGCCGGGAGAUCCAGACUGCCGUGCGUCUGCUGUUGCCCGGCGAGCUGGCCAAACACGCCGUGUCCGAGGGCACCAAAGCCGUCACCAAGUACACCAGCUCCAAGUAGGCGACCGAGCGCUCGUCCGCCCAGCCCACACCCAACGGCUCUUCUCAGAGCCACCCAAAGUGUCUGCAUUGGCAUUGGGAUGUAGUGAGAAUCUCGACAAUUCCGUCCGUUCCCUCUGUUCGACGCUUCCUCGUUUAGGGACAAAAAAAAAAAAACCCGACGCGCGCUGUCGGACAACGCGUUCUCAUUGCUCAUUGCGACAGCGCGUGUGUGCUAAAAGUUUUGUAGCAGAAACGCACAGAACGCCAUGCGCUCAGCACAACAACACAAACAAAGCAAGUAUAGGGCGCGUGAGCGGCCACGUUCGCCUGCACUAAUUACCACGGCGCGUGUUUCGCACACCUAGGCUGAUGAGGCGGUCGUUGUUGCACAUUUACGUAAUUCUGAUGUAGCGUAAGCUCUAAAAGCAGGCAGCCCUCAUUCCCCCCCUUGUUUUUUUCACAUUUUAUUUCUUCUUUUUUCGGUCGACGCGCAUUUACGGGUCCCGAGGUGUGCCUCUAUGGCUGCUAGAACUAAUGUCGUCGGUCGCUGCGUGUGCUAGAAUGCCCACUCGGCGGCCGCCCGCACGUAUAGAGCAGUGCUCCGGACUGAAAUUUAGAGCCGCGUGCUGUCAGCGCCGCAUCGCUGUAGCAGUGGCUGGCGAGCGGAAAUGCGUUAGCACGUUCACGAAGCAGCAGCAGCGCGUAAGGGAAAUUUUACGCUGUUAUUACAAAUGUAGUAGUAAUUUGACGUGGAAAAAGAAGAGAUGCGCGCGGCUCUCCGCAUGCUGCAUAGCGGUUUCGCGCGCGUCCUGCGUAGCUGCCUUCGUACGGGCUGGGGGCGAUGGGAGAGGGAGGAGGUCGGAGCGCCGCCAGUAGUGC